UUUAAUAAUCCAGUAUUGAUGGAGGUGUCUUUUGAACACUGGAAAUUAUUUAUUUGGCUUAAUGUUUCAGGGAAAUUUGAAAUUAUAUAAGUCAUAGUCACUGUCUACUAAAUGAAAAAUGCUCUUUAUGGUCCUUUUGUUGAUCAGACCGAAAAUUAACACAUUUAACUAGAUGGUGCAUCAGAAAACAAAUAAAAUAUAAAAUUUGGGAGUGAUACACUUGAGUUUAAUCUGUAAUCUGUCUUCACUCAGUAUGAUCAACACUCAAUAACUGAUAUCCAAUAAGCGUGAAAGACUUAAGGACGGCUGUGUAUCCUCGCUCCUCAGAGCAGGAAUAAGCGCUUUGAAAAGCAAUCAUGAUGGCGGAAAGGGUCAAGCGAGGGCGAUCAAACAAGGGAACUGAGCCUUCCCGGCCACCCCUGUGACCGUCUGCAUACACCGGGCAGAUUCACAAAUUACAGGAAUUGUUUUUCAAUGUUAUUGUUUUCCUCACCCAUAUUCCGUGAAGACCCGCCUCUACUCUGCCUGCGAUUGGCUCUUUUCACGUCACAUGCCUGAAUCUAACUAAUCUAACCAACGAAUGCAACGAAAACUAGCCAAUCAGAGGCAGAGUAGGGCGGGUGUUCGUCGAAUGCGGGUGGGGAAAAAAAUCAAACUGUUUCCGCCAUAUUUUGGCGCGACCAGACAUACGUGGACCUGGACCCCACACUUGGAGGCGACUGGAAGAGCGGAGGGAUUCACCAGGAGUAAAACGUUUCCUCGGUAGGAAGAAGCUAUUAAGUUUUUUCUGAGUUACUUCUAAGAUAUUUAAUGUUAAGCUGUGGCUGUAUGGGAAGGCGGAGAAGCAGAAAAGGGAAAGAAAAGCCUCCAUAGUUUACAUCUCAGACUGAAGUCCACAAGAUGAGUGACUGUGUGGAAGAAGAAGAGGACACAUCUAUGAAGAAUGACUGGUCUGAAGGUCAUCCUCUAGACAAUAGUGAUGAACCUGGACCCUCAGACACAAAAGAGAGGAAGAGGAGUGGUGUUUCUGUGGAUCAGCUUUCCUGCUGUUCUUUGUGUCAGGAUGUCCUGAAGGAUCCAGUCUCUAGUAGCUGUGGACACUGGUUCUGCAGACAGUGCAUCACCAGAUACUGGGACCAGUCUGCUUCUUCAAGAGACUCCUCCUGUCCCCAGUGUGGGAAAAGAUCCAGAACGAGUCAGACCAGCACUGUAGUAGCACAAAUGGAUGUUGGUCUGCAGGAAGUUUUAGAUGAACAUAAGAUCAGUCUGAGGAGGAGAUGUGAACAUGUAACUGAAGGAACUGAUGAAGCAGGAAGUAAAACUCUCCUCAACAGGAUCUACACUGAGCUCUACAUCACAGAGGGACAGAGUGAAGACGUCAAUACCCAACAUGAGGUGUGGCAGCUUGAAACCGCUUCCAAGAUGAAGACCCUCCAUGACAAUGACACUCCAAUCAAGUGUCACAACAUCUUUAAAGCCUUACCUGAUCAAGAGAGACACAUUAGAGUUGUUCUGACAAAUGGCAUUGCUGGCAUUGGAAAAACCUUCUCAGUGCAGAAGUUCACACUGGACUGGGCAGAGGGCUCAAAUAACCAAGAUGUCAGUCUGGUGAUUCUGCUUUCGUUCAGGGAGCUGAACUUGAUCAAAGAUGAGAAGUACAGUCUUCUCAUGCUGAUCCAUGUUUUCCAUCCAACAUUACAGAAGAUCACAGCAGAGAAGCUCGCUGUCUAUAAAGUUUUGUUCAUCUUUGACGGCCUGGAUGAAAGCAGACUCUCAUUGGAUUUCCACAACAAUGAGGUUGUGUCUGAUGUCACACAGCCUUCAUCAGUCAACAUGCUGUUGACAAACCUCAUCGAGGGGGAGCUGCUUCCCUCAGCUCUCAUCUGGAUAACUUCCCGACCUGCAGCAGCCAAUCAGAUCCCUCCUACAUUUGUUGACAGGGUAACAGAAGUACGAGGCUUCACUGAUGCCCAGAAGGAGGAGUACUUCAGGAGGAGAUUCAGUGAUGAAGAGCUAUCCAGCAGAAUCAUCUCACACAUUGAGACAUCCAGGAGCCUCUACAUCAUGUGUUACAUCCCACUUUUCUGCUGGAUCACUGCUACAGUUCUGGAGCACAUGUUGACAACAGACCAGAGAGGAGAGCUUCCUCAGACCCUGACUGACCUGUACUCACAUUUCCUGCUGGUUCAGACAAUCAGGAAGAAGCACAAGUAUGAUGAGGGACAUGAGAUGAGUCCACAGGAGGGGAUGGAGGCUGACAGGGAAGUUCUUCUGAAGCUAGGGAGGCUGGCGUUUGAACAACUGGAGAAAGGAAACAUCAUCUUUUACCAAGAAGACCUGGAGCAGUGUGGUCUUGAUGUCACAGAGGCUUCGGUGUUCUCAGGAUUUUGUACAAAGAUCUUCAAAAGAGAGAGUGUGAUCUUCAAGAAAACAGUCUACUGCUUUGUUCAUCUGAGCGUUCAGGAGUUUCUGGCUGCAGUCUACAUGUACCACUGUUACACCAGCAAGAACACAGAGGUACUGGAGGACUUCCUGGAAGAUGUGAAUGAAGAUGAAGAUGAUGAUGAUGAUGAAUUCAUUGAUGAUGAUGACGACGAUGAAUUCAUUGAUGAUGAUGACGACGAAUUCACUGAUGAUGAUGACAAUGAUAAAAGCGACAAUGACCAAACCACAUCCCUCAGUGUUUUUUUGAGGAGAGCCAUGGAUAAAUCCUUAGAAAGUAAAAAUGGCCAAUUGGACCUGUUCAUUCGCUUCCUUCAUGGCCUCUCUCUGGAGUCCAACCAGAGUCUCUUAGGAGACCUGCUGGGUUGGACAGAGAACAGUCCAGAAAUCAUCCAGAGAAUCAUCAACAACCUGAAGAAGAUGGACACGUACGAUAUCUCUCCUGACAGAAGCAUCAAUAUCUUCCACUGUCUGAUGGAGAUGAAUGACCGCUCAGUACAUCAGGAGAUCCAAGAGUUCCUGAAGUCAAAGAACAGAUCAAAGAGGAAACUCUCUGAGAUCCAGUGCUCAGCUCUGGCUUACAUGCUGUUAAUAUCAGAGGAGGUUCUGGAUGAGUUGUACCUGGAGAAAUAUAGAACGUCAAUAAAGGGAAAACAAAGACUGAUCUCAGCUGUGAGGAACUGCAAAAAGGCUCGGCUUUCUGGAUGUGAACUAUCAGCCCUACAUUGUAAAACUGUGGGCUCAGCGUUGAAGUCCAACCCCUCCCAUCUAAGAGAGCUUGAUCUGAGUAACAAUUAUCUGGAGGAUUCAGGAGUGGGGCUGCUGUCUGCUGGACUUAAGAGUCCACACUGUAGACUAGAGACACUGAGACUUCAUAACUGUGAAAUAAAAGGGGGCGGCUGUGCUUUUCUGGUCUCAGCUCUGAAGUCAAACCCCUCCAAUCUGAAAGAACUGGAUCUGAGUCGAAACAAGCUGCAAGAUCCAGGAGUGAAGCUGCUGUGUGAUCUUCUGGAGAGUCAAAGCUGUAGACUGAAGACUUUGAGACUGAGCCGGUGCAGUUUGUCAGAGAUCAGCUGUGCUUAUCUAGUCUCAGCUCUGAAGUCCAACGUCUCCCAUCUGAAAGAGCUGGAGCUGAAUAAAAACAAGUUGAGGGAUUCAGGAGUGAAUCUGCUAUCUGCUGGACUGGAGAAUCAGCACUGUAGACUGGAGACUCUGCGAUUGUCAGAGUGCUGGGUCACACAUCAAAGCUGUUUUUCUCUGGCUUCAGCUUUGAAGUACAAGUUUUCUCAUCUGAGAGAGCUGGAUCUGAGUAGAAACAAGUUGAAAGAUUUUGGAGUGAAGCUGCUGUCUGGUGGACUGAAGAGUUCUAACUGUAGACUGGAGACUCUGAGGCUUCAAAGGUGUGAGCUAUCCGAGAUUGGCUGUUCGUCUCUGGCCUCAGCUCUGAAGUCCAGCUCCUCCCAUCUGAAAGAGCUGGAUCUGAGUGACAAUGAGCUGCAUGGAGCAGGAGUGAAGCUGCUGUGUGAUUUUCAAAAGAGUCCACACUGUAGGCUGAAGACUCUGAGGUUCUCUGAUUCUAAAGGUUCACCUGUCACAUUGACUGGAAACCAGCAGAUGAGUGGUUGUGUGGAGGAAGAGGACAAAUCAGACUCUUCAGUAUCCACCUGUGUGUCCAAAGAUCAUCCUCCAGACUUCGGUGAUGAAGCUGGAUCCUCAGACUUACAGGUGGAGGACAGACGAAAAAGCGCUACACCUGACAGACAUAAAGGAUGUGAGUGUUGUCCGUCCACAUCCAACACAACGUUUGAUGUGUCUGAGGAGAACAGAGAGGAUCAGCUGUGUCCUGAUGAUCCAGAGAGGUUGCAGCAGCAGCAGCAGCAGCAGCAGCAGCAGCAGCAGCAGCAGCAGCAGCGUGUGUGCAGAGAGAAUCUAACUGAGACAAGUUACUGGCAGGACUUCACACCUAAAGUGCUGACUGAGUCUGCAAACAUUUCAUACAGGUUCAGGUGUCCUGGUCCAGGUGUGUUCCAGUGUACUUUGACCAGAGUGGUGUUUGUUAUGACUCAGGAGGCGGAGCUGCUGUACAGUACUGUCCAAUGGGAUGAGCGUGUCCUACUAUCAGCUGGCAAGAUGGCUGCAGGGCCACUGUUCAACAUCCAGAGUCCUGAUGGUGCUGUCAGUCAGCUCCAGCUACCACACUGUGAAACCAUGGAUGCUCCGCUCCCUGAAGGUCUGCUUUCUGUCGUCCACAUCACUGAUGAUGGAAUGAGCAUCCUGGAGCCGCUGGAGAUUACAGACACUCAUGUGGUUGUGAACGUCCCUCAUCUCUCUGCCUUUGGCCUGGUCUGGGAUUUUAUCAAGAGUUUGCUUUUUUCACAGAAAAAAACAAAAGCAAUUAGUGGCCAAGUUCUGCUGUUCCUCCGACCACCAAACCCAAAAACACAGAGGCAGAAUCUCGAUGUAUUUCUCCUGCCGAGGAACAUCCCUCUGCCAGAGGUGAGUGCACAACAGCGAAAUGCGGACUACAUCACAGCCCCUUCCAAAUGUAAACUUAUGGAAGAUCACAGUUACAACAUUCUCUGUCCUAAGGCCUUUAAAAUACAGCCAAAAAAAGCAGAUUUUGAUCUGGAGUUUGGACCAAAUUAUCACCCAACGUUUGAGGUCCGCCUACCUAUAAACACCGACGAAGUGGCCUUGAAGGUCCAGGACCAAAGAAAUACAGAGGUCUGGGAGCAUGAAGUGGAUCUGACUGCUGUUGGAUCCUCAAGUGGAGCAACUGAUGGAAAUACCUUAGUUGGAGAGGAACAAACUGUGAAUAAACUAUCUGCACCAGUCCAGAAUGCAGCUACAAUCACAACAGUUGGAGAGAGGCUUUUGGACAAACUGCAAUGUUUGGGAGAGGAAGACUUCAAAGACUUCAAGUGGUUUUUGCACAGAAGAAACCUGAUCCCGGCAGAGCUCCCAUGCAUCCCAUGGAGCAAACUGGAGAAGGCAGACAUGAAAGGUGUGGUGGAUCUUAUAGAGCAGACCUACAGCCAACGGGCUGUGGCGGUGACCAAGAUGCUUUUCAAGAAAAUAAACAGGAAUGAUCUGGUGAUGCUGUUGUGAGACACCAGCUCAGGAUGCAAAGGUAAAUUAUUGGAAAACAACAAAGCAAUCAAAAACACAGAAGUGGCCUGUUGAGUGGCAAAAACAAUUCUAUAAAUGUUUUUUCCUCCAACUUCAUUAUGAAUCAGAAACUAUUACGUAAGAGCAGAUUUGGAAUUUGUUUCAAAAUGGGUUUCAAUCAGGAGAGACCAUUGAAUGAGAAAAGAUAAUGUUUAUUAUAUAGAAAGAAAUGAUAGUCAGAGUCUUUGGCACUUAGACUCCACAAGGACAUCAUCCCUGAGCAGCUGUGAGAUAGAUCCCCGUAUGGAGUCCAGACACUGGUGGUGGUAGAUGACUUGAGAUGAGGCUGAUAGCUGAUGAAGUGAUGGUACCAGCAAUCCUGUGGAGAUGGGGAGGCAGAGGGGCAUGCAUAAUGGCGGCAUUCCAGACUAAAUCAGAGAGAAAGAGACAUAUUUAAAAAGACCGCAACCAGAUGAACAACAAUGUUGUUGCCGUGCUCUUGGGUAGAAGUGAUCAGCAGGUGACAGUUGAAACUCAAACAACGCCCCUGUGCACUGACAACGAAGAAAUGAAUGAGCAUGCAUAAGAAAUGAGAUUGUCAGGGAGGUGUGAGUGAUAAAAUUACACCAGGCAUACAAAAGAUAGUCUUCCUGACUGAACUUUCACUGAGCUUCAUUUGUUUGAGGACUUGAGGAUGCCUGUCUCAUAACUGUGAAGCAUAUAUACUGUUUGAAAAAGCUUUUUUUCAGUCAGUUCAUGAGUCACUGUAUCUGUUACAUGACUCUUUUACCCCUGAUUGUCAGAUUUUGGCUCUAAUGCCCUCUGCUCAUCCCCCUGUACUCACUAUUUGAAGUAUUUUGGGGAAUUUGCAUUUUGAUGAUUGUUGCAUUUGAUUAACGGAACAUAGUAGAUGUUCUUCUGGAAGAUAAAUUCAUGACCAUCUUUGAAAGGUAUUUCCAUAAUCAUCAAAGAAUUGUCUAACCAUCUAAAAAUUAACAAUAUGCAGUUCGCUGCUCAAUUUUCAGCCUGCAUCCCAAGUUGCAACUCUAUGUCCAUACAAACAAAGACAGUAGCCACAAGUGACACUUUAGAUUAAACCUUAUUGGACAGAUUAAUUACCUGUUCAACAAAAUGCAGUUUUGAGUUCAGCCAGAAAGUGCAAACAGUAGAAAAGGUGAUAUUACGAAGCAGUUGAUGCAAAUCUACCAUUUUCCAUAACACUUUAUGAUUCAUUGAUUUUUGAAUUUCACUUUAAAGCAAAUUGUAGAAUCAUUUUGCAGUGAAGUAAAAGCAACUUAUAAACUUUUAAAGAUUGAUAAUGAUGUGAUGUAACAGUCAGUUUUCUCUUCAGAGAUCCACAAACUGAGCAAUGACACAUCAUUCUGACUUUACACAACAUAGCUUUCAUUCAAAACAUGCAGGCUGAAAAUUCUUCUGAGCUGACACUGAUAAAUUAUGAUACAAACCAAAUUUAUAAUUUUUCAUCAGAUGAAUGUCACAGAUCUGAGGCUGUAUUAUAUCCUUAAUACAAGAAAACUUGAAUGUUUUCUUCAAUAAUGUUACGAUACUGUUAUUUAGAUCUGUAAUGAUUAGUCAAUAAAUUGAUUAGUUGAUCAACAGAAAAUUAAUCUGCAAGUAUUUUAAUAAUUAGUAUUUUUUU